AUUAUGACAGUCAAACUUCAAAGGUAUAAGUUGUGUGGUGUGAAGUCUAGUAACUUAUUAUUGUAAGUUUUAUACUGGUAUGAUUAAGUUAGUUAGUAUAAUUUAAAUACACACAAGAUGGAAGAAGACGAUCCUGUUGUACAAGAGAUACCAGUCUUUCUAUCACAAGCUUUAUCGGAGCACCUGUAUAUAUACCAGUACCCCGUGAGACCAGCCAAUAGGGACUGGAGAGAUGUCAAAGUUACUAAUGCUUCAGUUAAACCUAAAAACCAACUUGUUCGAAUGGAGAUCGGGCUGAACACAUAUAGUGAUAAAUAUUGUGCUUCUAAAGGUGAACAAAUUGCUCUCAAUACCGAUGGAUCUCAGGAAUCAAGAUACAUUAAAGACAAAGAACGGGAAAGGUCACAAUACUUUAGGAAUGGUAUUAUGGAUAAGAUAGUCUAUGAGAGCAGUAAACCUUGUACUGAAACUCAGCACUAUGCUGUGGCGUUAUUACAAGACAAGGAAUUACACUGUACACCUAUUAAAGGUAUAUUACAACUAAGGCCAUCCUAUUCUUAUUACGAUAAACAAGAUAAGAGAAAAGUUGACAAGAGUAAGGAUGAAAACUCUGAUGAUGAGGAGAAGGAACCUGAACCACAACAGGUGACAGUGAAAUUUGCGAGAGUAGAAACAGAUGUGGCCAAAAAAGCACGAGAAAAGUCUUAUGAGUCCAUCUCUCAGCGCAUAGCAGAUGAGCCCUGGUAUGACGCCAUGUGGAAGCAUUCAGAUACAGACCAUGCUGAUCUAGAGCGUAUGAAGCUAUUCAGUGCAACAGUGCAAGAUGGGUCCUCUCUAACUCUUGGUCCAGCGGAGUACAUAAGCACAUUGGUUCCUCAGCUUAAUGACGAAGCAGAAAUGGCUCCACCGAAAAAAUUGACAUUGCAGGAUCAAAUAAAAGAAAUACUGAUCGAUGCAAAACUGAUGACUUUCAACGAGCUGCUGAAACUCGCCCGCUCGGAGGACGGGCAAGUGAGCGAGGCGGCGCUGCUGACGGCGCUGGGCGGCGCGGCGUGCUGCGUGCGCGGCGUGUGGGCGCCGCGCUCGCAGGAGCUCUACGUGCGCGCCGCGCCCGCGCCGCCGCGCCUCAUGUGCGCCGCGCGCGACCACGUCCUUUACCUCUUCACCCAGCACGCAUAUGUGGAUCGACGUAAAAUAACAGCAGCUGUUCGUUUGCCUCCACAAGAAGUUUUAGAAAUAUUACGUUCUGUCGCCAAAUAUAACCCGAGGACUGGGUGGGAACUUCUCCUGCCCCCGGACACAGCUUUCGAAGCGAAAUAUCCGGACGUUGUUCAACGGCAGAACUUAUAUUGGGAAGCACGUCAACGUCAGUUCAACGAAAUGCUGAUUGGUGAAAAUGUGCCCAAACGUCAGAGGAAGAAGUCUCAGAGGGAUUCAGUGAGUUCGGACACGAUGAUGAGUCCUAAACCGCGUAAUAAUAGUGUUAGUGAAGAAGACAGUGAUCGGAAACGACAUAAAAACAAAUCGGCUACCGGAAGUGGUAAACGGACUAGAAAUAUUAGCUCCAGUAGUGGUCACGAUGCAACGUGAGUGAUCAUUUUAGUUAGGUUAUCAAAUUAUCUCUACAAUCUUGUAUCUUCCUAUUGCUUUUACUGCCAUAUGAACUGAAUUUUAGAUGUACGUUCUGGAACAGUGGUUUAUAUUUUCAUGGAAAUCUUGGCAUUUAA